AAAAAAAUGGGCAGGGAUUGAUUCAAGAAAUCUCUUCAUCCGUACCGAAAGAAAAUCAUGUGACUAAAAUUUCCGAGACCGCAUGAUCCCGCAAAUCUGAUAAUUCAGAUGCAUUAGUGUCUUCAUUUCAUGGGACUAGUAUGAUAGAGAUAUCUCAGCAUUUGGCCCAGUUAUGUGAUAAAGCGCUUAUUGCUGAAGAGCAUAGAUUGGAAGCAAAUCAAGAAGAAAUAUUAUGCUGGUACCACUAUGGAAGAAAUUUCGUAUUUCAGUUGGAGGUCUUGUGUGAUAAAAAUAAAAUUGGCGAAAAGAAGGCAAGAGGUCUAAUAUACGAUGAAGUCGUGAAGCAAGUUAAUAUCCUUCGUAAGAAAAGAUCUCAAGAUACAGGGGUGCCACUCCCAGACAUAACAAGGGAUGGUUUACGCAAAAAAACUCAGAGAGCUGAGAAGAUCUAUAAACUUCUCGAAAAAAUAGGAUUAGAUAAAAUCCAGUAUAUCAAGUCGUAUAGUGCGAAUGAAAUAUCAAAGUUUACUAAUGAUGAAAUCCAAAAGAUUAUGGAUCAUUUCUCAAAUAAACCCAAUACGGAUUUCAUUGAGAAUCAGGACAAUUUUAUUAACGAUGAUUCUUCCAGUCAAACUGAUACGUCGGAGGUGCGAGCGAAUCCCUUGGUUUCAGCUGAGGUAAGCAUUCCAACAUCACCUAUUCUAUUAGUCCAUGACUCUAAUUCAUCUGAUGGUUCCAAAGAAGUCGGCCCAAACAAUUCGCUCAAAGCUGUGGACGAUUACUACAAAAUGAUCUUGGAAGAAUGUGCGAAGGAUUGUGAGUAUUUUGAUUCUGCACCAGUGAAAGAAAUGAAUGAAGAAGUUGUUUUGCAAUCAGUUAAGACAGACGAUGAUAGUGACUGUAAUCGCGACAGUUAUUCUGAAGAAGAGAUGCCAGACGAUUCGGAUGAUGAUGGAUAUAAUGGUUACGGUGGAUAUAAUGAAUAUGGUGAAUGUGAUAGAGGUUAUUAUUAUCGUGACGGAAGAUAUGAAAGGAAAGUCUCACCAAUGAUGAGCCCUAUUAUCUCUCCGGUAACUGCCUAG